CGAUGAGGAAGUGCAUUAUCCAACUGUCCUGGAAGGCAUCACAAGGUAAAGCGUCAGGAAUGUGGUUUGGUGGUUGACACAACGUUAUCGUCAAGGAAACAAGAGGAUUGUUACACAUGAAUGGAUACAUCGAUCUACGAUUACUGUCAUGCAUGCAGCCGGGCCUCUAGCCUGUGCUUUGUACACCCCGAGCUCCUGAGCCAGUGUGUUUCCAGUAGGUGGAGGCUCUUCCUCCUUUUAGCCUCUGUUUCUCCCCACUGACCUCAUCCACCCAAGAAUUCCCUAUGCUAACUCUCUUGAGCAUGUUUUACUAUAUCUGUCUGCGGCGGCGCUCCAGGAGUGGGACUCGAGGUGAGGCUCUGACCAGUCGGCGCGCUGUGGAGUCCGGCCAACGUGCUGUGUUGCCGGUCAGUGUUGAGGUGGAGCAAUAUGCUAAGGAGGUUCUUGACUUCAGCUCCCACUAUGGCAGUGAGAAUAGCAUGUCCUACACCAUGUGGAACCUGGCUGGGGUACCAAAUGUCUACCCCAGCUCCGGGGACUUCACUCAGACGGCUGUGUUCAGGGCUUAUGGGAAGUGGUGGGAACAGUGUGCCAGUGCCCCGCCACCUUUCAGACGUACCCCUAAAGGCUUUUACAGCCAGGACUACAUUGAGCUGGGCUUCGAGGAGCCAGUCUACCCAACAGCAGUGGAGGUGCUUGAGACUUAUUACCCUGGAGCCAUUGUCCAGAUCCUAGCCUGCUCUCACAACCCCUUCUCCCAGAACCCACCCACUGAUGUCAGGUGGGAGGUGUUAUGGUCAGGGGAGCCCACCAAGGUGCUGACACCCCAGGCUCGCCAGUUUGCCCCUAACAUCAAGCACAUUAACUUCCCCACCAACCUGCUGCGCCUGGAGGUCAACAGUUCCCUGCUGGACUAUUACACUGAGCUGGAUGCUGUUAUCCUGCGGGGGGUGAAAGAGAGGCCCAUGCUGGCCCUCUAUAAGAUGCCUGUCAUCGACAUUAGUGACCUGAGUGACAGCGAGGAGGAGCUGUCUGAUGUAGGAGGGCCAUUCAGACAAGGAGAUGGCAAGCAUCAGAGGACAGGGAAUGGAUACUUUGACAAACUGCCAUACGAGCUCAUCCAGCUGAUACUGAGCCACCUGACCCUGCCAGACCUCUGCCGUCUGGCUCAGAGCUGUAAGCUGCUGCACCAGCACUGCUGCGACCCACUGCAGUACACCCAGCUGAGUCUGCAGUCCUACUGGGGCCGGCUGAGUGACGCCUCCCUGGGACACCUGCAGAGUCGCUGCACCCUCCUCCAGAGGCUCAACCUGUCCUGGACCGGCAACCGCGGGGCUCUAACCCUGACUGGCUUCAGCAGCUUUAUGAAGGCCUGUGGUCUCAGCCUGGUCUGCCUGGAGCUGUCAUGCUGCCACUUCCUGAAUGAGGCGUGUCUGGAGGUCAUUUCGCAGACUUGUCCUGGGCUUCAGGAGCUCAACCUUUCCUCCUGCGACCGCCUCAACCCACAAGCCUUCACACACAUCUCAAAACUCACACGCCUCCGAAGACUGGUGCUCUACAGGACCAAGAUAGAGCAAACAGCUAUUCUGAGUAUCCUGACUUUCUGCAUAGAGCUGAGACAUCUCAACCUAGGGAGCUGUGUGAGGAUUGAGGACUAUGACGUUGUGGCCAGUAUGCUGGCUGCUCGCUGUCACUCUCUCUGCUCAGUGGACCUGUGGCGCUGCAGAAACCUGACCGACCGAGGCCUGGCUGAGCUUGUGUCUGGCUGCAGGAUGCUGGAGGAGUUGGACUUGGGUUGGUGUCCCACUCUGCAGAGCAGCACUGGAUGUUUCCAGCACCUCGCCCGCAGCCUUCCCCGCUUGCGCAAACUCUUCCUCACUGCAAACCGCACCGUCUGCGACUCAGACAUAGAGGAGCUGGCCGCCAACUGUCCAUCAUUGCAGCACCUAGACAUACUUGGUACACGGUUAGUGAGUGCUGGCUCACUGAAGAAACUCCUCCAGGCUUGUCCAAAACUUCUCCUCCUGGAUGUCUCCUUCUGCUCCCAGAUAGACAUGCGGGUCGUCCAAGAAAUCUCGGGACUCUUCCCAAAUGUGGCCAUCAAGAAGAGCUUCACUCAGUGAGAGGAAGGGAGAAGAGCAAUGUGCUCGCCAGCAAACACUGCCCAAAAGUGAAUAAGAGGCAGGUCAGAUGCUGAUGGAGAUCUCUGACCUGCCUUUCAUCUGUAUCACAGACAAGAUCUUCUUUUUAGCAGUUGCACUGGGGAGAAGGAUUAAGUGGAUGAAAAGAAACAAUUACAGACUCCAGCCCACAGGAUUAUAAAACAUGAGACUUUAUGGUUGUUUUUUGGACACUUGACAUCAGGGUUGUUGCCGUAAAGCUGCUGCAUCCUAGAAUCUGAAUCACUUCUUACGAAUUGCCAAGCAACAUGAGGCUAGAAAUAUGCCUUGGUACUGGUUGUAAAACACAAACGUCUAUGGCCACGUUUUUGUGAGCAAUCCUCCGUUGAACAUCUUGAAAGAACAACGAAAAGAGAUUUUAAAAAAGGUGAAAAAAAAGGUUUCCCAGGAAACUGGGAAAGCCACUGCAGGAGUAGUAAGGCACAUAUUCAUGCUAACUGAUAACAUGAAGGUAAAGAUCACGACCUUCGACAGUGCCUUGUCAGAAUGUGCAUCAAUCAUGGACUGUUCAAAUGCAUGAGCGUCAUUCUGAAGGCAUCUGUCAACAACAAGCCAGCUUGAUUUCAUUGAAGAAAUUAAACAUGCUUCUGUUGUGUUUGAAGGUCAUUUGAGCUUUAAGGGUGAAAACAGCCUUAUUUCAUACAGUGUAAUGUGGAGGGUGUGAAGUCAGACCUGGAUGCGAGUAUCACAAGCUCAGUUGUGUUGCUGAUGAACUGAGUGUGGAAUCAAACACAGGACUGUCAUGUUUAAAAAGAAACACUUCAUCAGCGGCCCUCGCACCUGGGAUUCACAAAAUGUUUUCAUCAGAGCUUACAGAAUGUGAGAAAGAAAAAGCACACUGGAACAACGCUUGUUUUAUUGAACACGUGCUAAAAAUGCAGACAUAGAGAAAACAUCAAAGAUAUCAAACAACUGACUAACAAACACAUUCAAAGAAAAGCACUGAGAAGCAACACAAUUCAACAGUCCAAAAAAGCAAAAAUAUAUGAUUUAGAAUGACCUGAGGAAAGAAGAGAAUCCUGAUAUUUAAGGAGGCAAACUAGCAAUUGGAAAAACCUGAAACUGUAAGUCAAAAAAGCCAAAGUUUUAUGUUGAACGUUUGUAAUGAUUUAUAAUGUCUCGAUGGCACAAUUCAGAGAGGAAAGACUUACCACACUACUGUGCUCCUUUCUACGCUUCACCACAUUCAGCCUACAGAUUGAUUGAAUAUUAUGUACAUGUUUGUAAAGCACUUCCUGUUAGAGGUCUUCAAGCAUGGUGCAUAACAUGAUGGGAUGAAGUGAGGCUUAUGUUGGAUUGAAUCUAUUGAGAACGUCUGCGACGAGGUCUGACGUGCCCAAUGAAAAUGAAACAUGGUUACAUUUUAUGUUAGACUUUUCAACAAGCUGCCCCCUUUCAAGUUUGUUUAUAUGUGAGGCAAAAACUUGGGUCAGGUAUUAAAUUGAGCAAGGCCACAGUACAUGGUAUUACAUCAUGUAAGUUUUUUUUUUAUGUGAUAAGUUUCUUCUGGUAAUCGUUUCAGUUACAAACUCUUUUGUCAACUUUAUUUGAAAGGGUAACUAGUGAAUUGGCUCUGCAGCUAAAUAUCUCAGUUGCACCAUGGUUUCAUAAUUCUGCAUGCUUUUCCUGUUUUCAUCCACACUGCACUACCUGUCUGUCAGUUAUUUUAUUUUUAAAGAUUUAUUUUUGGGCUUUUUAUGCCUUCAUUGGAGAGAUAGGACAGGGGAUAGAGUUGGAAAUCAGGGAGAGAGAGAGAGUGGGGAAUGACAUGCGGGAAAGGAGCCACAGGCCGGAUUCAAACCUGGGCCGCCCGCUUGGUGUACUAUAUAGCCUCCGUACAUGGGGCACCCGCACUAACCUGACACUAUUCUGUCAGUUACUUAAAUAAGGAACUCUUCUUGAAGGGUAAGAAGUCCUGUUGAAAGUAUGUUGAAAUGUAAAUACUUUGUUAUCUCAGUAUUUUUCCUGUAACUCAGGGGUUUUAAUAAUUCUUCUAGAUUUCAUUUGUAUGCUUUACUUUUCUUUUUUUUUUUACAUAUAUUGUGCUCCUGGCACCAGCACAGCAGACAUCCUGAGUCAUCUUUAAGGCUAACCUACAGUCAAAGUUUUUCUUAAGAACAAACACACACUGAUGUAACUGAGACAGAGAAAGUUUCUGAGUGUGGAAUGUUUCCUUAAUAGUACGAUUGUGAAAAAUAUAUUGAUGUUCCUGAUUAUUUAAUUUUUACGUAAUAUAUGAAGUCACAGUUGCAAUGUGGCACAAGUGCUUGAAAAGCAUUUCCUUUGUUUUGAAACUUGAAUUUUUCUUUUUAAGCUAGGCUUCUAUUCAAUAUUUGUGCCUUAAACUCUUGUUUGAAUGUGGUGUGUUCUCUGUAUGGGAUAGAUUGUAGUGAACUGCUUUAUCGCCUUUCAACCAAAGUAAUAUGCAGACUCCUGGACUAUGUGACCAGUGUUGAUGCCAUAUACUGUAUAUUAGCCAGGGUAAUUAAUGUUCAACAUCAUAUUUAUCAAAGUGUUAUUUAAACUCAUUUUCCUUAUACAUGUUAACAGUAAAACACAUUUUGGGAAUCACCGUGUUUUGUUGUUUAACUUGCAGUGAAAAAAGAUCAAUGUAAUGAAUUCAGCACUGAAAAGUGUCCUGUUUGAUAUAGUUACAUUUAUUUUUGAUUUUACCAACAUGCUCUUCAGCACGUCUUAUUAACUAACUAGUUCUUGUAACUACUAGGAUACACUUGUAAAUAAGGCCGCUUAUUUGUUUUUAACCUGUUACUUGUUGUAUUGUACAUGUCAAUGAAGACACAGGUCAUGUCUCUUUUAGGUUUACUAAGUUAUUCUUUCACUUUAAUAUCUGUGGGUGUCUGUUUUCUUGGUAAAUACUUUUAGGUGUAUAGUUGUAUUCACCAGAAUUAAAUUUUAAGACCUUAACAGAGGAAAACAGAACUUGUUAAUUUGUUUUUGUUUUUUUGAAGGGGGAACAUUUGGAUUUUCUGAAAUCAUGACGAUUUACUCCCAAAAGAUGUUGUUAGAGUCUUGAUUCAAACUGCUUCCCUGUCUCCAUGAAUUGCUCCAUGCUACACUAAACACAACUCACAUUGAUCAGUGUACUUGUCUCUGAGAAUUCAAAUAGAAAUCAAUGCUCGUAUCUAAUUAUUGUUUUUUGUAGGAAUCCCCAGAAUGAUGGUUUAGUCAUUUUUAUCAUUUGUGUCAAAGUUGAUGUAUAAAAGUUGAUUCUCAGUCUGGGUGUUUAAAACCAAAAGGAUGUGCUAACAGUGAGUCAUCCAGCCCUCCCUUUCACAUGAUGCAAAUCUUACUUCUUGAGGGGAAGUCAGCUGCUUGACUGGAAUCCAAGAAGUGCACACAUCACAUUUUCUUGGUCCAUUUAAUCCAAGCCCAUUUGUAGUAUAUUUUAAGAGAAUUACUUUCACAAUGAAAUCACAGACGAUGUAAAAUAUGUACAGCAACUGUCAAGAACAGCAUUUCUAUGUAACGGCAGACUAUUUAAAAAGAUGUACACCAUUCUCUGGUGGUCACUGAUGGUUUGUUUCUGUCUUCUAGCCCUGCACCUUGUAUGACUGUGUUGGCCUUGCUUUUCUGUAAUGAAUAUGCAUUCUCUCUCCUCCCACUCUGGAAGUGUGAUCAACCUUCGUGCCAUUGUGAGGACGUGCAGUGAUGCCCCCUGUGCUGCAGUGUGAAAGUCACUGUUGGGUGAAAAGAUUGUGCCUCUCAUGAUGAAACUGGGUGCUUCACUUCCACCAGAUUUUAAAUAAACAAGGCUUAUACAGCUAGCUCUG